AUGCUGAGAAGUGGUUCAGUUAUUGACGAACGAAGAUCGGGUAGACCAAAAACAGCUACUAACGAUGACGUGUCUAUGCAGGUUCUCCAAAAUAUUAUUGAAAACCUGCACAAUCCUCCUUCGAGAAUAGCUCAGGAAUAUGAUAUCGAUCGAAAAUCCGUUACAAAAGUUUUAAAGUCACACGGUUACCACCCGUUUAAAAUACGACUCGUCCAAGAACUCUCUGAAGAUGACUAUGACAGAAGAGUAGAGUUUUGCGAUGAAAUGAUGAGGAAAUAUGACGAUAACAAUCAAUUCUUCAGUUGGAUUUGUUUUUCUGACGAAGCUACUUUUGAACUGAGCGGAUCUGUCAAUCGUCAGAACAUGCGAUAUUGGGCGGAUGUUAAUCCUUAUUGGAUGAGAGAUUCGCAUACUCAACACCCACAAAAACUGAAUGUUUGGGCAGGAAUUAUUGGACAAAAUAUUGUUGGGCCGUUUUUUAUCGCAGGGAACAUAAAUGCUGAGAAUUAUCUUCAUCUAUUACGAACGCAAGUGGUCCCACGUAUCCAAGAAAUUCUUGGACCUGCUUUUGAACAAGUUUGGUUUCAACAAGAUGGAGCCCCAGCUCACUUCGCGGUAGUUACUCGAGAUUACCUUAAUGAAGUGUUUCCUAAUAAAUGGAUUGGUAGAAGAGGAUCGAUUGAAUGGCCGCCCAGAUCACCGGACUUAUCACCGCUGGACUACUUUUAUUGGGGAUACUUGAAGAGUAAAGUGUUUGAGACAAAACCUGCCGAUAUUAAUGAAUUGCAAGCAAGGAUAAUAAAUGUUUCUAAUUCAAUCACACCAGAAAUGUUGCGAAAUGUUCAGGAAAGUAUUUACAUACGUAUGGGUCACUGCCAAGCAGUGCACGGGCAACAGUUUGAACACUUAAUACAUUAA